AUGGGCGAUUUGGUGAAGGACUCGCUGUGUUACUACGAGGGCUACCAGAAAAAGGCUGGCGAGUCCUUUCAUCAGCAGCUGCAGCGGCAGCUCGCGGAGGAUUUCGAGGAGUCUGGACAGGCGCUCUUGGAGCAAGGAGAGGUUGAAGCUGAGUCUGCGAUCGCCAAAGGGAGCGCCGCUUCGGUGCGGCGGCUGCUGGAGUUGCUGCAUCAACUCAUGCAGCUGCAUGAAGCUUGUACGAAGGCUGAGAAAGGUAGCGAUACAGACCUGUGGUGGAAGGUCAAAAUCGAAGUGAAUGAGAACGGUGCGUGUACCAAGUUUCACGAUGAUCUUGUUGAGGUUCGCUUUGCCAUGACGCUUGCUGGCGACGGCACAGUUCUAGCCGACAACAUAGCAGUCGAUUGGGAUUUCUAUGAGUCCUGUAACGGUGUUAUUUCAUCUGUUGGCGAAGCAGAUGCACCGGGACAUGCGCAGGGUCGCAUCCAAGCUUGGAACCAGCGCGUCUGCAGGAGUGAGCUGGCAACCGAGCCAGGCGACGUGUCGAUCAUGAAAGGAGGCCGACUCACGCAUCGGCCUUGUUUGCAUCGAGCCCCAUACUCCACCGACGUCGGUUUGGAGCCAGCUCGGCUUCUUAUCACCCUGGACCGCCUCACUCGAGAUGAGCUGCAAGAGUUUGUGAAGAUGGAUUUUGGAGAUGCGGAAGCAGAGGAAGCGGAGGAGCAAAAGAAAGACCAAGGGACUUCCGGGCUUCUCCCGGUCACUGUUCUCAGCGGUUUCUUGGGUGCCGGCAAGACGACCCUGCUCACACAUAUGCUGCAAAAUCAGGAGGGUCUCCGCGUGGCCGUGAUUGUCAAUGACAUGGCGGAGGUCAACAUCGAUGCCACACUGGUCAAGACCGGCGCCGAAGUUUUGAAAAGCAAGGACAAGAUGGUUGAGAUGCAGAAUGGUUGCAUUUGCUGCACGCUCCGAGAAGAUCUAAUCGAGAACGUGGCUAAGCUGGCCGCGGAGGGACGCUUUGACUACCUGGUCAUCGAGAGCACAGGUAUCUCCGAGCCUAUGCCUGUGGCGACCACAUUCGUGAGCGAGCAUGAAGGCAAAAAGCUCCUGGGCAGCGUUGCUCGUUUGGAUACCCUGGUCACAGUGGUGGAUGCGGUGAACUUUUUGAAGGACUACGAUAUGGGCCAGAAGCUCGCAGACAGGCCUGUCUUGGGUGCUGAGGAGUCGGACCAGCGAACUAUUUCGCAACUCCUUAUCGACCAAGUGGAGUGCUCCAACAUCAUCGUGCUGAAUAAGAUUGACCUCAUCUCCGAGAAAGAAACCAUGCAAAUGGAGACACUUCUUCGGCAGCUGAACCCGAAGGCGCGGAUUGUCCGAUCCUCGUAUGCGAAAGUGGAUCUCGAUCUCUUGUUCAACACGGGCAGCUUCGACAUGGCUGAGGCUCAGGAGAUGCCUGGGUGGUUCCAGGAAUUGGAGGGGGGUCAUGUGCCAGAGAGCCAGGAAUACGGCAUCUCCAGCUUCGUGUUUCGAGCUCAGAGGCCUUUCGAUCCCGAGCGGCUGGAUCAGUUCAUUACCGCUGGACUUCAUGGCAUCAUUCGCUCGAAGGGCCUCCUGUGGGUCGCCGGCCUUGCAUGCAGCUUGACGUGGCAUCAGGCAGGCUCCUCUAUGGGAAUGCAGCCCGGUCCGGUUUGGCUCCACGGAAACGUCGACCCCAGUGAGCGCCUAUGCUCAGACUGGUAA